ACCUUUUAUGAUUUUUGCAGAUAUCAAUCAUGCUUCCCAAGGUUGUUCUCUUGGUGUGUCUCCUCCCUCUGGCGUUCGGCCAUGGUUCGAGCGAAGAAAUGGGGGGUGACAUGGGAGGAAUGGAGGGUUACAUGAGAGGAAUGGGCGGAGACUCGGGAGAGAAGGAGAAGGGCAUGGAAGAAAUGUUCGAAAAGAUGAAAGAUUACAUGGGGAAGGGAGAAGAGAAAGAGGAGCACUACGCAGGUGAUGGUGACUGCAAGAGCAAAGAAGAAGCUGAGAUGAAGAAAUACAGCAUGAUGAAGAAGUUCCAUGAGAUGCAGAAGAUGAUGGAGAUGAAGCAGAAGAUGGAGAUGAAGGAGAAGAUGGAGAAGUUCAAGAAGUUCCACAUGAUGAUGGAGAAGAUGCAGAAGGAGAAGGAGAAGGCGGCGAUGGAGCAGAAGAAGAAUAUGUACGACUUGUGGCAGAAGCACGAGGCGAUGAAGAAGAAGAAGGCCAAGGAGAAUGAGUUCAAGGAGCUCAUCGAGUCCUUCCAGGAGCAGAAACACAAGUUUGCCUUCCAGCUCACACACGCCUUCCUUCAGCUCUGUCAGUGUGGAGAGGUCAACGCACAGAUGAACAAGAUGUUCAUGGGCCUGAACACCAACAACGACACAGAGAUGGUCGGAGGGAUGGAUGAUGACAUGAGGGGCGCAAUGGAAGCUAUGGAGACAGGAAACAUGGGACAUCUCGCAGAGAAGAUCAGGAAGAUGUCCAAGGAACAGCAGAAGAAGCUCUUCAUGGGUGGACUCAUCAAGUCCAUGUGUGGCGGGGCCAAGACCUACGUCAUGCACGCCAAGAGAUUCGAGGAGACCUACAUGAUGUCCAACAGAACGAUGGAGAACACCACCAUGGCUUAAUUGAGCACCCAUGGACCAACAGCGAACACUGUCAAGCAUUGCUCAUGUAAAAAGUAAUACUGUUUGUGUAAUAAAAGAUUUUGUAAAAUUA